UCAUUGAAAUGAUGCCUUCACAUGAUUCACUGUGUCUUCACCAUCUGACUUCAACAGGGCCUCCAUCAGCGGGAGGCGGCGGCGGCUGACGAGAAGCUUCCUGGACACUGGGACUUUCCAUCCGGACUCAGUUGCGUAACGGUCCUGCUCUCAUUAAACUGAAGAGGGACGUCGAUUAUCCUUACGAAAGGAGGAUAAACAUUUUCUUAUUGGGUUUUUACUAUUCAAUUAUGGAAGCUUAGACACCUACAAAAGGGAUGUCCGAGAUGGGGGGAGGGGUUUGAGAGCACAUAUCCCUUGGUCUGUCUGUGUGUGUCUGUGUGUGUGCGUGAGACAUUUAUUUAAUUUAUAAUGUUUGUACACAUAAUCACAUACCGUAUGUUUCAGUUUGACUUGUCUUUGCUGAAUAUACAAGAUAAUAAAGUGUAUACUGAUCCUGGGUGAUUUGACCACAGUGUAAUGCUAUGAUUUUUGAUUUGAGGGUGGGGAGGUUGAAGUUUCAGCAGCAGAUUGUUCAGGGGUAGUACCCUCUACUAUGUACAGGUAAAAUGGAUCCAGGUGUGAAGUAUAGGCUGUAUGCAGGGAAUAAGAUGUUUGAGGAAAAUAAAUGACAAAUGUUUCCUUGGGAACCACCUGCAGUUUGUAUUUAGUGCUGAUGGUGGUGGUUCCUGGUAGUUUUGUUUCUUCUGCACUCUUUUAAGUUUCACAUUUGCCCAAUUCUCGCUUUCGUUUUCAAAGUUUUUGUCUUUUGAUUUAAUCCCCUCCCCUUCUUCCCUCUGCUCUAUUUUACUACUGCCUGUCUCAGUGUGAGUGAGUGUGUCUGUGUGAGAGAGCAAGACCUUGGGUUUUCUCAAACCCCUCUCCCUUUGAAGGACAUCUCUUUUGCCCACAUAUUGCUCUACAUAAAAACAAAUAUGGAAACUCUUAUUCAACUCAAAAACAACCCGUUUUUGAUGGGGUUGUGUCGCAACGGCCCUCCUCCUGACCUGCAAUAUGAUAACUCCUCAGAGCUCUACCGCAUCUCUACCUUUGCUCGAUUCCCAGCUUCGGGAGUCACAGAGCGAAGUCUGGCGAGGGCAGGCUGGUUCUACACUGGCGUGGGUGACCGCGUACAGUGUUUCAGGUGUAACGUGACGGCAGAGGGAUGGCAAGCCGGGGACUGUCCAACAGAGAAACACAGACAGCUUUCUCCUUCUUGCUCGUUCAUCCAGAGCCUCCCAUCUACAGCCAACCUACUCUCCUCAUCUCACUCCGCCUUCUCCCCACUCCGCAUUGCCCCAGCCAUACCACUUUCUGGUCCAGGGCCAGCUGCUCCUAACCCGUCAGCAAGCCAAGGUGAAGAAGCGGUUGGCUACCUAAACAUGGGCUUCUCUGCUCCACCACCCUCUAGCCCACUUAGCUCUCGUGGUGUAGAAGAUAUGUCCCACCAGAGACCAACGUGCCACAACCCCAGCAUGCGCAGAGAGCAGGACCGCCUGGACUCCUUCCACCCCUGGACACUCUCCAUCAUAACUCCUGCUGAGCUCGCCAAGGCGGGCUUCUACUACCUGGGCCAGGGCGACAGAGUGGCAUGCUUUAGCUGUGGAGGACAGGUGUGUAGCUUCACAGGGACUGACAGAAGUGGGCAGCAGGCUACAUUGAGUAACUGGGAGCCAGGUGACCGAGCCGUAUCCGAACACCAGAGGCAUUAUCCAAACUGUCGUUUUGUGCGGGGGGACAGAGCUGACAACGUUUCGCUGGCUGGAGCUGGAUCUGGGGGAGUAACUUCUCAACUGUCUGCAGGAGCUCCAGCUCUCAGUAAUGUUUCCAACCCUGCCAUGCAGCAGAGCGAAGAGAGGCUGCUCACCUUUGUCAACUGGCCGUCCCGUAUCCCUGUCCGGCCUGACCAGCUGGCUAAAGCUGGUUUCUACUACGUAGGUCGUAAUGAUGAUGUCAAGUGUUUCUGCUGCGAUGGAGGCCUGCGGUGCUGGGAGUCCGGAGAUGAUCCUUGGGUAGAACACGCUAAAUGGUUUCCUCGGUGUGAGUAUUUGCUUCAGGAGAAAGGACAAGAGUUUGUUCACCAGAUCCAGGCUCGCUUCCCUCGGCUGUUUGAGCAGCUUUUAACAAAUGGAGACAGCAGCUCCAGAGAGUUUGUGGAUCCACCUGUGGUUCACCUCGGUCCGGGAGAGGAGCGGUCUGAGGACGCUGUCAUGAUGAACACCCCUGUGAUUAAGUCUGCGUUAGAGAUGGGCUUCGAGCGUAGUCUAGUCAAGCAAACAGUGCAGAGCAAGAUCCUGACCAGUGGAGAGAACUACAGAACAGUUCAGGAGCUGGUUUCAGACCUGCUGAGUGCAGAGGACCAGAAAAGGGAAGAAGAACGAGAGAUGCUGGCGGAGGCGAUGGCAUCAGAUGGUUUCACCUUUGUGAAGAGACACCAGGCAGCGCUGAUCCAGCGUCUGAAGAGCGUUGAGCCAGUGUUGGAGCAUUUAAGAGAGCAAAAUGUGUUGUCUCCCGAGGAGUACAGCGGUCUCAAGGCUCAGACAUCUGCCCAGCAGCAAACUGCCAGGCUGAUAGAGCUCGUUCUCACCAAGGGAAACGCCACGGCCGAGGUCUUUCGCAACUGGAUCCAGAAAAACGAUGUCCACCUGCUCAGAGAUCUCAUGGCCCAAUCAAAUGAAGCAGCAUCACCAAGCCAAGAUCUUUCAGACCUCCCCAUGGAGGAGCAGCUGCGGCGCCUGCAGGAAGAGCGUACCUGCAAGGUGUGUAUGGAUAAAGAAGUGAACAUUGUCUUCAUCCCAUGUGGACACCUGGUGGUGUGCAAAGAGUGUGCACCGUCACUGCGAAAGUGCCCAAUCUGCAGAGGCCUGGUUAAAGGCACAGUCCGAACCUUCCUCUCAUAACCUGCAGGCUGUGAGCCGCUCAGUUUCAUAACAAUGUGAUUGAAUGUAAGCAAUAUCUAUCUAAUCUAUAUUUAUUGGAGAGAGCAGGAAGGUUGCUGUGCUUUCCCCCCCGCUCCCUAAUAUGUGACUUACCUGUUCAUGUUAAUCCUAAGAGACAUUUAUGAUGUCACCAAGUUUCUACAUCAUUUAUCUAAAUAACCAGAUAACACUUACAGACCUACAUUUAUUUGAUAAGAGAUGUAAAAAUACAGUAAGUUGUGAUGUUCAGUACAAUAAUAUCAGAUUUUUUACACACGUCAGCUGGCUUUCAUCAUUAGGGCUGAGGGAAUGUUUGAUAUUAGUAUUGUGCUAUUAUUGGCCAUAUUCACAUCAUGUUAUCAGUAAAUAUCACAACAAUGUAUUAAAAAUCUUAUAAAUCAAUUGGUGUUCAAUGAAGUGAACUGUUCAUUACAUUAAACUUAACAUGUGAAACAAAACCUCAAUAAAUCGUUUCUAAAAUAA